AUGUCCAGCCAAGAAGCCAGUACAAGCACCAGCAUCAGCAUGGCCGAUGCCAUUCAAUACGAUGGUAGAAAGCGAGCACAUGGAGGAGACGAUGGCAGUAAACCAGCCAAAAAGCAGAAACAGCUUUCAAAGGAAGAGCGGCAACAGGUGUCCUUCCAGAAGGACAUUGCGCGGCUACGUGAGCUGCGAGCUAACUUGAAAUCUUUGUUCGAGGAGUUUGGUUUGGUGGAUGACCGUACCAGGAGAUCUAUCAACAACACAUUACCCAGUUUGUGCACCGUGAUCCUGGAGGACCCGCCCCGCGCCACAACACUCGAAGUGCUCCAGGAGCCUAUCUCAAUGCUCGAUGGUAACGACUCCUUCCAACGUUUAGACUCCCGGGACCAAAAGGAUUACAGAUUUGCCGUUCAGAAUGUGAAUGGUCGACUUGAAAAGAUUGCCAACGUCUACAAAGAGAUGCUAGAAGACGAACAAUAUCCACCAUCGGCUAGUCACUACGCAACUCCAGCCGUCUGGGCCAAAUGGCAGGGAAAAGAGACUGCAAUUCUUAACCUUCGUCCAAGUACCAACCAGGUUGCCACGCAGGUCGCUCAUAAUCUAUGCGUCACAAUGGCCAGUUCCUUUAAGGAUGAACGGGCCCGUGGAGCCGCAUUCGUGGAUUGUGUGAGGCCUAUGUUCGAUGGUUAUGAAGAUAGGAAUAGA